AUUGUUAGAUGGCGUUCGGUUAGAGUCACGUGCUAGGUCUAUUUUCGUUUGGUUCGUUUGCUAUGGCCAUUUUGAAGUCGGGAAAAGCACAUGUAAAGUAAGAAAACCGGCGAAAAUCGACGUUAGUAACUGUGUCGGAGCGAAAGUUACGGCAUAUUUAGUGCGACCGCAUCAAAAUUUCAAAGUGCCAUCGACACACGAGCCAUGUCAGGCGAUAAAGAAGUGGAAAACGUGCAGGGUGUAGAAGAGGUGGAAAAAACCAUGGAAAACUUGAAAGAAGUCGAGGAAAUCGAGGUGAACAAGCAAAAAGUCGAAAGGGAGAACCUAAAAAACCUGCAGGAAUCCGCCAAAAUAACUCAAACGACCCAAAUCGAGAAACGCACAGAGAACAACAAUGAAGCUGAAUCCUUGCUAGCCAAACAGGUCGACGAUUUAGAUAUCAGCUCAGAAUCCACUAAAGAAGCAGAGGAAUCCAAAGUAACUGUCACUAACGAAAGCUCAUCCCUACGCAACAUCCUCACAGCAUAUGAUAGCGAUGAAUCGAGCUCCAGCUCAGAUUCAACAUCAUCCGCUACCAGUGUGUAUGUGUCAGGCACUGAGGAUUCAGAGGAAGACUCGGACGAAUCAGAAUCUGAAUUCAGCAAUGAAACAGAGGAAGAAAUCGAGUUUAUAUCUGAAGUACAGGGCGCCAUCAAAAAAACCGAUAAAUCUAAAGGAAAAGAAGAACCAAAUCCUAUUUUAGAAGAAAUGGGUUUGGACCUAUUACCGCCAGUUCCGGACAUGUCAAAACUAAACAUUAAUCCAGAAAAAGAGGAAUUUUUCCAUAUGGGACACAUCAGGGCCAUCAUAGAUAGAAUAGUUACUGUGGAAGCCCUCCCGAACAUUCCAGCCUACGACUUGGACACUCCGUUGUUUUACGGGGAGGACAAGCGUCCUUUAGGCGUCGUUUUUGACGUCAUAGGGCAGGUCACUUCGCCCACUUAUGCGGUGAGAUUUAACUCGCAAAAAGACAUCUCGGACGCGAAAAUCGAGAGGGGAUUGAAAGUGUUUUCGGCGCCGAAAUGCAAUCACACCCAGUACGUUUUCGUAAGGGAGCUGUUAAAAUUGAAGGGAUCAGAUGCCUCUUGGGUAGGGGACAUGGAGGUACCGGACGAGAUGCAGGAAUUUUCGGACGACGACGACGAGCACACGAAAAAAGGCGGUAAAAAGUUGGAAAACCAAUCUCGCAAGCGCGCACACUGCAGUCAGGAGCGCCACAAGCGUUUCGAGCGGUCGAUGAACCAGUGCAACACGAUCAACACGCGCGUGCACCGGCUGAUAGACGCGCGCAACAACCCCGCGGUCAGGGGCGCCAACCACCGCAUGAUAAACGCGUUCGAGAACGUGGUUUUCGAUCCGAGCAGGCCGCCGCCCGGUUUCGCGCACGCGCAGUCGAGAUUGCAGGAUUUUUCGUGCUACGCGAGUGGUAGCACUGCCCCGCCGAAGCAGCGCUACCAACCGUCUGCCCAGGAAGUGCCGUUUAUGGAGUACUCGCACUGGGCGGUGAGCAUGCCCGGCGACAACCUGCAGGGGAACUGGCUGGCCGCCCCGGAGCCCCCCAAAGAGAAUUCUUGGUUCUCGAACGGCGGAAAUGUCUGGGGAAACCCCAGCAAUGCUGCCAACCCCCCCAACAUGCCUCAAGGCAGCUGGGAUCCCUCUUCGAUGUAUAAAAAUUCCUAAGUUAUUUUUUUAAACAUUUUUUCCAGUAUUUUUUCUUUUGUUGAAUGAUAAUAAUAAAAAUUGAUAUUUUUUAUUCAUUAAUGGUUUUAUUAUUUUGGACUCGGUGCCAUUGUUUAUAAUAAUAUAAGACUGUUAAAUAAUGCAUUUUUUAGCUAUAGAGAUUAUGAUGAG